AGAAACUCAAGGCACAGAUUGUCAAGUUCAAACACAAGAGAAAAGACAUAGACACAAACAGAGAUUAAACUAUGAAAUCUGAACAAUUGGUGAACUGAAGAACUGGGCCAGGAGAGAUAAAAGUGUCACCUCAACUGCAAGUAAAACUUUGAAAAGAGUUUUUGAUAUUCUUUUUAUCAUCUGGUGGAGCUCUUCAAUGUUUCCAUGUAUCCCUCACGGGAAUGAUAAGAAAAUAAUUUUAAAAAAUAUAUAGGCCAUAAUGAUAUGGUACAAUAGCUUGUAUCACAUGGUUUCUGGGGGAGAUCUUUAUAGUGCGACCGAUUUCUGUGCUGAUAUGGACGUUCUUGUGUUGCAUACAUAUAUUUGUUUUCUGUUCAUGCUGGUUAUAGUGAAAAUAGAACCAGCAGCCAUAGCAUGUCCAGGUUCGACAACUCUAUGCAAUACAACUCAUACUUGCAUUGAAAACAAAUACAUCUGUGAUGGUGACAGAGACUGUGAUGACGGAGAGGACGAGGCCAACUGUGAGUUCAAAGAGUCAGGAUGCGGAGACGGAUCUUAUCAUAUCGCACAGACUGGAACAAUAUCCAGUAAAAAUUACCCCCUGAAUUAUACAAGUUACCUCCAUUGCCAGUGGUACAUCAGCUCACCAGACAACACAACUUUACAGCUAGAAUUUAUAGAGAUUUUUGACCUAGAGAAACCCAGGCACAACCAAUGUCUCUACGACUUUGUCAGUGUGUUGCAAUUGAGUCCGUCGUUGUCGUUAGGACGUUUUUGUGGUGGAACACCUCCAGGGCCCAUGCUGCUAAAUGCUAGUAAAGUGUUGGUAGAAUUUCAAAGUGAUGGUCAGAAAUCUGGAUAUGGAUUCAAACUUAGAUGGACUUCUGGUAACAACAUUAUUUAUUCACAUGGUCAUCAGAGCCGAGCUCAAGAGUCAGGACAAAUCCAAACUACGCAAGUGUCCACUACAGCUCACUCUCAGUGCCUGGGUCAGUUUGAAUAUGGCGGAGACCUUGGGCACAUAUCGUCUCCAAACUAUGGACAGCCCUAUAUGACUCCAUUAUACUGUAGAUGGCAGAUAACAGUAUCACCAGGCUACAGGGUCUCCUUGCAGUUUCUAUCUAUCGAUAUUGGAGAGGCCACCGUAAACGGCUGCGCCAGUGGGCGUUUGGAGGUCUACGACGGCCCCGACGAUGGCGCCCCUCUCAUUGACACCUACUGCGGCGACGUCAUGCCAACGCCACUCAUGACAUCCGACAACACUUUGUACCUAGUCAUGACCGCAGACAACAACACGGCAGGAAGAGUCGGAUUCCAAGCAAAUUAUAUGUCUUUGUAUAUAGAGCCUCCAACGACCACCACUAUUGGACCACCACCUCCAGGUUGUGACGGUACAGCUCUGGUCAUCAUUUCAAUGUCUGGCUACAUCACCACGCCUUACUACGACCACCAAAACGUCUACGCUGAUCGAGUGGACUGCGAAUGGAUCCUGCUGGCCCCACCGGGACAAGUUUUUCUCAUCAGCUUUGUAGAAUUUGACCUGGAGCAGUCUGGUGGCUGUGACAGCGACUAUUUGCGUAUUUACAACGAUAAUGAAGAUCGCCUUGGGUUCUCAAACAACUUGACAAACGGAACUAUAGCAGUGCGUAACGAGACCUUGUCAGACGUAAACCAUCUUACCGAAAUAGCGAAUUUAUGUGGCCAGAUGCUGCCUUAUAGUGUUGAGUCCAAUAACUCUACAGUAGUUCUCAGAUUUCACAGUGAUGAACAAUAUGGAAGCUAUGGAUUCAAUCUGACAUAUCUGACCAAAGUCCCAGAAGUCAAAUGCUCCGCUGGUCAGUUCCAAUGUGAUUCUGUUCACUGCAUUGACCGGUCAGCUGUCUGUGAUGGUCAAGCCAACUGCGACGGUGGUGUGGACGAGCUCAUAUGUCCAUCUCUUUCGUGUGGAUUGCCCGCCAUCCAACCUGAAGUGGCAAGGAUCGUUGGUGGCACUGAAGCAGUGGAAGGAGCCUGGCCCUGGACGUUGUCCAUUGUGGAUAAAGAACGUCCUGGACAUAUAUGUGGUGCUACGCUCAUACAUCCAAAGUGGGCUUUGUCCGCAGCCCAUUGCUUUGAAAGGGUGUUCUCGAGGAACUAUGAACAGUUCGCUCUUGUCGCUGGAAGACAUCACCUACUUCUGACCGACUCACACGAGCAGUGGAGGUUUGUGGACAACGUGUACAUGAACAGGGAAUACCUCAGCGCUACCUCAGAGAAUGACAUCGCCCUGAUCAAACUGAAGCAACCUUUCAACUUGAAUGACUACGUCAGCCUCGUGUGUCUCCCCGAGCAGCGCGUGACGCCUGGAACUCCAUGUUACAUUACAGGAUGGGGGGAGACAUUAGGUACUUGCUGUAGUAACCUGUUAAAGCAAGCCCUGGUGCCAAUCAUGAACUCAAGUUUAUGCAGUGAGCCGGAAUAUUACGGUUCACGACUGAUGGAUCACAUGAUGUGUGCAGGCUACCCAGAGGGAGGGGUAGACUCCUGUGACGGAGAUUCUGGUGGGCCAUUGGUGUGUCAGUCUCCCACAGGAAGCCGACGCUGGGAACUUCAGGGCGUAACAUCAUGGGGUCUGCUUUGUGCAAGUGCCAAGAGCCCAGGAGUGUAUACAGUUGUGGAUGACUAUAUAUUCUGGAUACGACAGACAAUCGCCAUUCAUAUAUAAUAUAAAUACCAAAAAUUUGUUUUUUCCCUAAUAAUUAUUUUACCUGUAACUUGUGUUUAUAGAAUAAAACUAUUAACGGGUCCAAAAGAGAGCCAAAUAUGGGCACACAAGCACGCACACAUUUCCUUAGUUGUUCCAAGUUCAAACAUUUCGUAUUCCAAUCUGUUUUUCAUUCAAGGUAAACUGAUGAGGGGUCUAGAGACUGAAGUUUUGUUCUAUGUUUUGGAUGUUCCUUCACAGGGGAAAACUAUUGCUUCCUAGUCCGAACCUCCCGUAGGACGGCUGGAGAUAGCGGUGGUCAGGGACUGGAACCAGGGCCAUCGAGACGACAGUACAUCGCUCUAAAGAAAAUGUUUCGUAUUUAAUAUAAGAACUAUGAUACACAAUAUUGAAGUUUUACAGUAGAUAAUUUCUGCAGAUGUUUCCUCGACAAAAUCGUUAACCAAGUAAUGUCAAGUUGUAGAUGGUUUCUUGUGACUUCUUCUCUGUCCAGCUUUGGUCUUGUAGGUGUCUGGCAACCCGAAGUAGCCUAGAACACAUGUCCACAAAAGAAACUGGUCCGAGAGUAUGGAUUGGUAGAAGUAAUAGUGGGGAUGCACUAUCGUAAACCAACAAUAAUUAUAAUUGUGGAACUUGAAAGAGUAAAGAAACAUUUUGAAAUAUGUAAAACAAUAAUUUUAUUACAUGUUAUAAAUUAUUCAUUUUGUGUUCAGGUAUUGACUCUACAAUUAAAUAACUAUAUUUUUUGUUUUAAAUAGUCUCAGUAUUUAUGCAUAUGGAAGUUUUAAAUAGUCUUAGUAUCUAUGCACUAGGGCAAAUUAUUUCCCCUGAUCACGAGUUUCUAUUUUAAACCUCAAUCUUUUAAGCUUCAAUAAAGAAAAAAAAAAAAAAAGAGAAAUUUAAAUAAAGUGAA